AUGGAGCAAGAGGCACAAAAUGGAGAACCUGCUGAAAUUAAGAUCAUCAAGGAAGCAUACAAAAAAGCCUUUUUAUUUGUUAAUAAAGGACUGAAUACAGAUGAAUUAGGUCAGAAGGAAGAAGCAAAGAACUGCUAUAAGCAAGGAAUAGGACACCUGCUCAGAGGAAUCAGCAUUUCAUCAACAGACCCUAAGCAUACAGGUCCUGAGUGGGAAUCUGCUAGGCAGAUGCAACAGAAAAUGAAAGAAACACUACAGAAUGUACGUACCAGGUUGGAAAUUCUAGAGAAGGGUCUUGCCACUUCUCUACAGAAUGAUCUUCAGGAGGUGCCCAAGUUAUAUCCAGAAUUUCCACCUAAAGACAUAUCUGAAAAGUCACUGGCACCUCAGUUUUUUAGUUCACCUCCUCAGCCCACUGAGGUAAAUGGAAACACUUCAGCUACCAAUACAGAGUCAGUUUUUGCACCUAGUUCUCUAUCCUUACCAUCUCAAAGUCAUCCAGCAGAAGCACCUCCUGCUUAUACUCCUCAAGCUGCUGAGGGUCACUAUACUGUAUCAUAUGGGACAGAAUCUGGGGAAUUUUCAUCAGUUGGAGAAGACUUCUACAGAAAUCAUUCUCAGCCACCUCCUCUUGAGACUUUAGGGCUAGAUGCAGAUGAGUUGAUUUUGAUACCAAAUGGAGUACAGAUUUUUUUUGUAAAUCCUGCAGGGGAGGUUAGUGCACCUUCAUAUCCUGGAUAUCUUCGAAUUGUGAGAUUCUUGGAUAAUUCUCUUGAUACAGUUCUCAACCGUCCUCCUGGGUUUCUUCAGGUUUGUGACUGGUUGUACCCUCUAGUUCCGGAUAGAUCUCCAGUUCUUAAAUGUACUGUAGGAGCCUACAUGUUUCCUGAUACAAUGUUACAAGCGUCAGGAUGCUUUGUGGGGGUCGUCUUGUCUUCUGAAUUACCAGAAGAUGAUAGAGAACUCUUUGAAGAUCUGUUAAGACAAAUGUCUGACCUUCGGCUCCAGGCAAACUGGAACCAGGCUGAAGGAGAAAAUGAAUUCCAAAUCCCUGGCAGAGUAAGAUGCCCCUCUGACCAACUAAAAGAAGCCAGUGGUUCUGAUGUGGGUCAGUUGGAUCCUUCUUUGGACCAAGGUAUUAAGGAUGUACGUCAUAAAGGAAAACGGGGUAAAAAGGGUAAAGGUACUUCAAGUGAAGAAGUCAAUCUGAGUCACAUGGUACCAUAUGAGCCAGUUGCAGAAGAAAAAGUAAAGGAAUUACCUGAAUGGAGUGAGAAAGUGGCUCAAAACAUUUUGUCAGGUGCUUCCUGGGUAAGUUGGGGUUUAGUCAAAGGUGCUGAAUUUACUGGUAAAGCAAUUCAGAAAGGUGCUUCUAAACUCCGGGAACGGAUUCAACCAGAAGAAAAACCAGUGGAAGUUAGUCCAUCUGUGACCAGGGGACUUCAUAUAGCAAAGCAGGCUACUGGAGGAGCAGCGAAAGUCAGUCAGUUCCUGGUUGAUGGAGUUUGCACUGUAGCAAAUUGUGUUGGGAAGGAACUAGCUCCACAUGUCAAGAAGCAUGGAAGCAAACUUGUUCCAGAAUCUCUUAAAAAAGACAGAGAUGGGAAGUCUCCCCUGGAUGGUGCUAUGGUCGUAGCAGCAAGUAGUGUUCAAGGAUUUUCAACUGUCUGGCAGGGAUUGGAAUGUGCUGCUAAAUGCAUUGUUAACAAUGUUUCAGCAGAAACAGUACAAACUGUCAGAUACAAAUAUGGACAUACUGCAGGAGAAGCUACACACGAUGCAGUAGAUUCUGCCAUCAAUGUUGGUUUAACUGCCUAUAAUAUUGAUAACAUUGGCAUCAAAGCAAUGGUAAAGAAAACUGCUAAACAAACCGGACAUACAAUCCUUGAGGACUAUAAAAUAGUUGAUAAUUCAAAGGAGGGAAACCAAACAGGGGGAGCAAAUGUAAAUAUGAAGGGGGCGAAGGAUGAUCAGACAGAGGAACUCAAGAAGAAUGAAGCAAAGAAGAAAGAUAAGUGA